UUCCCAAGUACCGUAGUCUGUACUCCCCCUUACGCAAGCAUCUUUCCUAACUAACUUGUCUCGACGCAACAGAUUAAUCAGCAUGUCGACAGAGAAGAUGGUAGAUCUGGAGGCAUUGCGGAAAGCCCAGAGGGCAGAUGGUCCUGCUUCCGUCCUCGCCAUCGGAACUGCUACUCCUCCCAACGCAAUUGAGCAGAGCGCUUACCCGGACUAUUACUUCCGCAUCACCAACAGUGACCACAAGGUUGAGCUCAAGGAGAAGUUCAAGAGAAUGUGCGAGAAGUCGAUGAUAAGAAAGAGGUACAUGUAUCUCACGGAGGAUAUAUUGAAGGAGAACCCCAAUGUGUGCGCUUACAUGGCCCCCUCGCUGGACGCUCGGCAGGACAUGGUGGUGGUCGAAGUUCCCCGCCUGGGAAAAGAGGCUGCUGCCAAGGCCAUUAAGGAGUGGGGUCAGUCCAAGUCGAAGAUCACUCACCUUAUUUUCUGCACCACCAGCGGAGUCGAUAUGCCCGGCGCCGAUUAUCAGCUCACUAAGCUGCUCGGUCUCCGUCCUUCAGUGAAGAGAGUGAUGAUGUAUCAGCAGGGCUGCUUUGCUGGAGGAACGGUUCUGAGAGUGGCCAAGGACCUCGCUGAAAAUAACCGUGGAGCUCGAGUUCUGGUCGUUUGUAGUGAGAUCACCGCCGUGACUUUCCGCGGCCCGUCUGAUACCCAUCUCGAUAGUCUAGUCGGGCAGGCCCUUUUCGGCGACGGUGCAGCGGCUGUGAUCGUGGGAUCAGACCCCGUUCCUGAAAUAGAGAAGCCCUGUUUCGAGCUCCUCUGGACUGCUCAGACAAUUCUCCCCUACAGCGAGGGUGCCAUCGAUGGCCAUCUGAGAGAAGUCGGGCUAACAUUCCAUUUGUUGAAAGACGUGCCCGGGCUGAUUUCGAAGAACAUUGAAAAGGCUCUGGUGGAGGCCUUCGGGCAAUUCAACAUUUCUGACUGGAACGAACUGUUUUGGAUUGCACACCCGGGAGGCCCGGCAAUUUUGGACCAAGUGGAGUCCAAACUCCAAUUGGAUCCGAAGAAGAUGAGGGCAACUAGACACGUAUUGAGUGAGUACGGGAACAUGUCGAGCGCCUGCGUGCUCUUCAUAUUGGACGAAAUGAGGAAGUCGUCUGCAGAAAAGGGAUGCCCGACCACCGGAGAAGGACUGGACAUGGGUGUGCUGUUUGGAUUCGGCCCUGGUCUCACUGUGGAGACCGUGGUUCUGAAGAGCGUUCCUGUCCUGUCAUAAACAAAUCUGUUUUCUGGGUUGUUCAAUUGAUCAAAAUCCUAUUCGGUUUCGGUUGUAAUUUGAGUGCGAAAUCGCAUUCCAUUGUGUUGUGUAUCUCAUCGAACCGUGUAUGUCAUGACAUACGGACAAUAAAGACUUGGUCGAAUGCAGAUUUUAAUUUUCAGCAA